UCCUCUUCUUCUUCGUCUUCUUCCUUAGCUUGCCAGGGUUUUAUGCUCGCUCCCCAGCCUUGACUCUAAACCCUUCGCUCCCCCUGCUUCAAGAAGUCUGUCCCAACGGGAUCUUCCCUGUCGAACUAGCAGCACUCACACGGCUGCUUAUCUAAACCAGGAUGGACGAACCGAGCAUGGAUUGGGAUAUCGAGGAAUACUCCUCUGAAGCAAACAGCAGCAAAGUCAAUUGGUUAUGGAAUAAGGGAGUAGCAAUUGGAAAGAAGGUUCUGGUCACAGGCAUGGUAAUCUCCUCUGCGCCAUUUGUUCUUCCUCCUCUUCUGGUAGUCUCUGCACUAGGGAUUGCCGUCUCUGUUCCUUAUGGGCUCAUCUUUGCAAGUUAUGCUUGCUCUGAGAAGCUCAUGAGUAGGUUGCUUCCAAAUCCUUAUGAGGAAGGAAUUGGGGAAGAGGAGGAAGAGGAGGUUGGAUUUGGAGGAGAUAUUGAUAUGGAGGAGGAGAAAGUUGAGCAAACUGAGGACAUAAAAGAACAACUGAAGACGAGGUUUGAAUUGGUAGAAGGAAAUGAAGAAGAGAAGACCAUGGUCGGGGAUACUUAUGGUAACAGAGGUAUGGUGGAGGACUUAAAUUCCGAGGUUCGCGAAAUAAUGGAGAAAGAUAAUGACAUAAUAGAAGGAAGUUUGUCUCAGCAGCCAAGGGAUGAGAUGCGGGGUGUUUUACUUACACUAGAAGUGGAUGAGAAUGAUGGCAGUAAAUUCGACCAAAUCAGGGCACCCUUUGAAGUAACAAAUGUGGUUGUAUUGGAGAGCGGGAGACUGCAAGACAUUGGAGAAGAUGAAUUGGUGAGAGAGACUAGGGGGUUGAUAGAAACAUUUUCUGAUGAGGGAAAACCUCAUAAUCCAGUGGAAGAAGAGAAGAUGCAACCCGAAGGAAUGCAUGAAGCUGAUGAUGAAAUAGAUGUGGUAGUUGAAUCUAAAAAUUAUGGGAAAAAGGGCAAAAGAAAGGGUAGAAAAAAGGAGAAAGCUGAAGAAAAGACAAUCGAGAAACUCCCCAGGGAAACAGAUGUGCAUAAAAUAAAGCAAAGUGGGAAUGCUCACGCUGAUCAGGAUAAGAAAUUGGCUGGCCUUGUAGAAGAGAAGAAACCAAUCACGGAAGAAAGCGAAAAGAUGACUGCUGACUAUGGGAAGGAGAAAACUAGCAAUAAGGUGGAUGCCGGAAAAAUGCUCAAACAAGGAACUUCUAAAGUAAUCCAUGACGCAGGAAAUGAUCAGGAAAACAGUUUGGGUAUUGGAGAUGCAAAGAUUCCUAUAUCUCUUGCUUCCUCUGGGUUAAAUGAUGGGAGAGGCCUCCAAAUUUUGGCUGGGAGAGGCAUUUCUCCGUCUUUCGUUGAGGACGAGGAGAUAUAUGGAGAGGAAAAGAUAUGGCAACAGAUCGAGGCGAUGCGUAAGAUAGUUGGAUACAAGGCUAAACUGCAGGCUUCGUGUAUCGAGGAACUGAAAGCUCUCUAUCUCUUUACCGGUGUCGAACCACCUGGCUCGUUCAAGGAUACUUUGGACGUUGUGGAAUUGAACAACAAGCUUCGGUUCCUCAUGUCGGUAGUUGGAGUCAAAUAGAUAGAAUGUCUCACUGGGUUCCCAAAAGAGUCAACUUGCAGGUGUUUUAGUUUUGCUUUUGUGCUGUGAGAACUAGAUGUGGGAAGAUGGCCAAUAAGCACAGAUUGUCAGAAGACUGUUUCCCAGAUGGGUGAUUUUCAGACUUUUGGAUGGCUUUACAUAGAUUGUUUCCCUUAAAAAGUUUUGGGGCCUUGAGCAUUCGACCGAUCUAUAUCACAAAAUGCUUGACAUGAUAUGAGAAGACAUAGGUGAUUAGU